GCGCGGCCCCGCGACAUGACGUCACGAGCGCCACCAACAUGGCGGACUUUGAUACCAUUUAUGAGUUGGAAGACGACGACGACGAGCGCGUAGUGAUCGAAGAGCACUUGUCCAGAUACUACCCGGAGCCUGUGGUGAUGCGUGGGGCCGGUCACAUCACAGUGUUUGGGCUGAGCAACAGAUUUGACACCGAGUUCCCCUCGGUUCUCACGGGAAAGGUGGCGCCGGAGGAGUUCCGCACCAGCGUGGGCCGCGUCAACGCCUGCCUGAAGAAGAACCUGCCCGUCAACGUCAAGUGGCUCCUGUGCGGCUGCCUGUGCUGCUGCUGCACGGCCGGCUGCAGCCUGUGGCCCGUCAUCUGCCUCAAUAAGCGGACUAGACGCUCCAUCCACAAGCUGCUAGAGUGGGAGAAUAACAGAUUGUACCACAAGCUGGGCCUUCACUGGAAACUGAGCAAAAGAAAAUGUGAGAGCAGCAACAUGAUGGAAUAUGUGAUUCUUAUAGAAUUCUUACCUAAAUAUCCUAUAUUGAGACCCGACUGAGGACCGCAGCGUGGUCCUCUCCUCUCCAGUGCCUUGUCGGAAUGAACAGCUGUGCACCGUGCAGCCGCACGGCCCAAACACUGGCACUUUUUUUGCUUUGGAGCGCAUUUUGCACAUUUUCUCCAGCCAACGAGACGAACCCGCCCCUCCCUCCUCGUUGCACUCGUCUUAUUUCGUUACACAUGGGAGGAAGAAGAACGGUCAGAAAGCGCAUUUUUACCCCAAAGAAGCAUCAAGCCGGAUGUCGUCUUAUGUUCAUUUCUUCCACGCGAGGCUGGAUUUGUCCUCUUUUUUUUUGCAAGUGGAAGAGACGCUUGAAAUCGGAGCAAUCAGGGGUGUCCGUAGUGCGGCUUUUUUGGUAUUCAUCUUAAAAUACAAUUCGAGAUGUUCUAACAUGGAUGAAUUAGCACUACAUAUGAAUGGAUGAGCUACAGGGGUGUAACCUUUUGAGGGCAGACAUUUAUUUUCACCCCCCUGACAUUGAAAUACUGUUCAGAACUUGAUCAUAUUCAUUACUCCUUGAGACAGCCAAGAUAUGUGUGGUGGGGGAAAUAAUCGAUUUUUAGAUGCAUCGCAAUUUGGACAUUAUACAAUCGAUUAGUAAACGUCAAUAAUCACUGAUCGAUUUAUUUAUUAUAAAUAAAUAAUGUGGACAUUUUCAAAAUGUGUCUGACUGCAGCGAGCCACCUCACCGUACACUUUUGUUGCGGAUUUGCACACAUUUUCAUUCAUUUAAUAAAUGUGGGAAUUAAUUGUAACUGUUUCUUAUUCCAAAUGAGUUGUUUCUUUUAAAGUUGGAAGUGAUAAAUGUUUAUUUAGUGAAGCAAAAAGAAAUGUAAAACUGCAUCAGCAUACAUAAAUUAAAGAUGCAUCAAUCGAUUUUUAAUCGAAUCGCAGCUCCUGAAUCGUAAUCCCAAUCGAUUCGUGAGGUGCCCAAAUAUUCCCCAUAUCUAGUUAUGGGCGUGGUCACCAUGACGUCAGAGUAAUUUGCAUAAUUUGCUAUAUUUUCUUCUUUAAAAAGGCUUAAAAAAAUGUAUACAUUUAAAAACAAAUCUGUUUUUAACAUAUAUUUUAUAAUUUUGCCAUAUUUUCAAUUGUUGCUAAUUGUACAAUGUACUUUGUUGAUAUUUUUAAGAGUUUUUUUGUUAAAAAAAAAUAGUAACAAAUAUAGAAUUUUUUUUCUAGUGUUAUUAUAGAAUGUUUUCGUGUUUAGAGACUACUUUAGAGGCGAGCUGCAGCGAGCAUGACGUCACACGCGUUGCUGCUCCAGUUGGACUUUCUCUCCUUAAAAGCAGCCACUGUCAUCUUAGUAUUUAAAAAAAAUUAUUUCUGGGAUAUAUUAAAAUGACAUCCACAUCACAGACAUGCUGACAACGCUCCAGACAAUGGCGUGCGUUUUGUUUACAGUUACGGUUUCGGCAGCGCAGUUUGCAAUUAUAGUAUUUUUUUUGCUGGUUUGCGUUUUCAGCACAUCACUUGUCAAUAGUGCACAAAUAAUAGGAUACAUGUAUCAAUUUAUACUGUAACGACCAGCUAAUGUUAAUGUUUUAUGUUCAUGUGGUUUGGAUUUGAUGUCAGUUUUUCCCAGGUUUGCAAACACACCGUCCGUGUGUGAAAGGUGAUUGGCGGAAAAUGAGGAAGUGUUGUUGUGUAAAACCUGUUGGAAUUGUGCCGUUGAUCGAUGUAUUGAUAGAUUUGAUUCAUACUCCUAAAUUUGAAGUGUAUCGAUCCGUGCUUGGCAAGUUUUCCUUCCGGAAGAUAAACUUAGACUUAGACUUCCUUUAUUGUCAUUCAAGAUAGGUAUUGAUUCAACAUUGUUCCAAAAGGGAAUCGAUCGAUUUUAUCGAUACUAGAAAAGGAAAACAUUAGAUUUAAGAAGGGUACACUUUUAAAAAUCAGGACGUGAAACCUUAAGGCCAUUUCCGCCCGUCUGUGACAUCAUCCGAACAAAAAUGGCGGAAAACUCAGUGGCUGAGAAAGGUCACAGCAAACGCCACAAGACGAUAUCAUUAAUUACAAGACAACAACUAUACGCUAGAGCACUGAAUCGUUUGGUUCCUGAAUGGUAUGGGCAAGCACAAAUAUCCAAUGAAAUGGUUGUUAAAACUCAAUGGUUACACCCCUGAGGAAUUAGCUCAGCAUAUGUUGACUUAAAGGGACGGUUUGCCCACAGAGCGCUAACCAUCCCAAGUGUUGUAAGCAUUGCAUCUCGCCCACUUCUGGCUUUCAACACGUAAACUACACCCCACAUAACAACACACACACACACACACAUACACUAAUUGGAAAAUGUUUCUAUCAUUGAAUGAAUAUUUUAUCAUAACAUAACUGCAAAUUGUUAGUUGCCUCUCUAGGACUGUUUUUGUGAAGAGCAUAUACUCCUGUAUAUACAUGUAUGUAUGUAUAUGUGUGUGUGUGUGUGUGUGU